AUGGAUACUAUUUUCUUAGCACAAUUACUGGCAAAAUUUCGGCGGGUUGGUGAUACCAGUAAUUUUAGGCGUGCGCUGGAAAUCUACGAAACCAAACUAGGACCGGAUGACCCUAAUGUUGCGAAAACAAAGAACAACCUUUCAUCAGCUUAUUUGAAGCAGGGAAAAUACAAGGAGGCUGAAGAGCUGUAUAAGCAGAUUCUAACGAGGGCACACGAACGUGAAUUUGGCAAGAUUGGUGAGGAUAACAAACCAAUCUGGCAGAUCGCUGAAGAUCGAGAAGAGCUGAAGCAAAAGGGAGGAGCUGAUGCUGGACCUAUUGCUUACAACGAUCUUGGUGGCUGGCACAAGGCGGCUAAGGUUGACAGCCCAACAGUAACAACAACACUGAAGAACUUGGGAGCUCUUUACCGACGUCAAGGCAAGUAUGAAGCCGCGGAAACACUAGAAGAUGUUGCGCUCAGAGCCAAGAAGCAGGUAUGCACGUUACCAUUUAUCAUUUUUUUU